AAUUCGACUCGCUUAGUUUCAUUUAAUUUGUCGCCAUGAAAGCUACAACAUUUCUCUUGGGCUCGCUUCUCAUAGUCCCCCUAAUGGGAUGGCAUGCCCUGGCCGGCAAACACUAUACCACAAAGAAGGGCAUCCAGUACUACAUUGAACAUCUGUAUCAAUACACCUGGUUCGAAGCCUAUUUCGAGUGUGCCUAUCGUAAUAUGAGUCUCUACACAUAUGGAAGUCAGGCUGAAUUCAAUGACUUGUAUGAGCUGCUGACAAGUGAUAAAUUCCCAGAUAAACCGCCGCAUGCCUGGAUCGGUGCUGUCGGUGUUAAGGGAAAAUUUAUAUGGAUAAAAAAUCAAAAGCCCAUGACAGAGCUACACUUGUGGGCCGAAAAUAAUCCGGACAAUUCCAAGGACAUAGAGCAUUGCCUGCAAAUUUGGCAUUCGAAAAAAUUUCUAAACGAUCUAGAUUGUUUGCGAAAAAUCGGGUUUGUUUGUGAAAUUCGGCGAGAUGCCGAGGCGCUGAGUCCCGCUGCUACUGGAUAUGUUGAAAGUGGAAAAUAUAAAGGACUAACUAUUAAUCUAUAUCAAAAUAAUGUUCAUUAAAUUGACGACAAGUGGAAAUAAAUGAUAAGUUUCUCC